UUGCUUUCACGUAAUUUCGUUUUGAACAAAAACUAAGCGUUGCAAAAUUCUUCGCCCAUGGUUGGGAAAGUUAAGAUAAGACAAAAGGCAAUGCUGACGUUACUCUUUGGCGAGGAAUUAUUGUCAACGUCAAUCACAUGCCAUGUAUUGUUAAGCUUAAAUUUUAACUUACAGAAGUAAUUUGACCAAACACAAAAAAUGGUAAAGACAAAAAAAUAAAUCUGCAAAACAAUAUAUAAACCAAAUGUAAUGGAAGGAAAAUACACAACGGGGCUCGUGAAUAAAGAGAUGCCGCCCCAGUUCCAUGAAACAGUAAGCACGAUAAUAGAUGCCUUAAUCAAACCAGAAUGUUUGAAAUGGGACCUAUUCAUUGCUUUGUUGCUUAUUGUAAUGAAGGAAAAUAAUUUUGUCCUACUGAAGACUACCGAAGGCCGUGCAAUAUCCAUACCAGAAUAUAUACUCAAUGGAAAAACAAAAAGUUCAUCCAUUCGUGAAGCAUCUUUCGUUCUUAACGGUUUUCAAAACAUGCCUUUGAAGAUUAUUGCUUGUCCUUUCACUGACGUGACUCUCAUCAUUGCCACCAUACCAGAAAUGCACGGAGAGACUUAUUCGCAUUGUAUCACGUUAAGUAGAUAUAUUAACACGUCAGCGUUGGGUAUACCGUCGGAUUACAUAAAUUUGACAGAAUUAAUUAGUGUACUCCGAGACAGAAUCAUUAAUCCUAUAAAAGGCAGUAUAUUGCAUUACCACAAGUACCCGAGUCCGAAUUUAUUUGGGCUACCCGACGAUAUUGUUCAUAAAAUACUAUUGUGUCUCGCUGUGAGAGACGUUUUGAGCGUGGGAGAAAGUUGUAAAAAGCUAUAUAGAAUUAUUAAAGAUGAUCCUUUGUGGUUUAGGCUGUGUAAUAGGGAUUUCCCGGAUCAAGAUAAAACAAGCGAAGAUAGUUGGUGCGAAACUUAUAUAAAAUUAUACUUGUCGGAGCAAGGCGAAAGAUCAAAGUCCAGGUAUUAUGGCACUUCAGGGUUUCGACAGUGUUCUCUCUUAUCCCGGUAUAUAAGACGGAUCUCAGAUUCGAGAUGGGAAGUAAUUUUGUAAGAGACAAAAAUGUGUACAAUUAGUGACAGAUUUAGGGUGCCACUUCUUGUUUUUCGUUUUGAUUGUCCAAAUGUCAAUGAAUCAAUACCAAUCUUGGUUUUUGUUACUGUGAAAAUUUCUGUUACCUAUAAAAAUAAUUUAAAUUGAUUGUUAUUGAAAUAGAUUAUAAUAUAAGGAUUUAAGGUUUUAUUUAUUAACCAUCUAUCAAUGUUACGGGUGUUGUUAUGUUAUGUUACGCUUGCGUCGACUUCCGUGGCCGCGUGGUAUAGACGCCAGGUUUCAAGGUGCCGCUACUUAGAGGGCCCGGGUUCGAACUCCGAUGGGGAAAAUCUUUGUGUAAUGAAUACGAGCAUUUGUACCUAAGUCAUGGGUGUAUUUAAGUAUUUCUAUAUUGAUAUACUAACAUAAAUAUGUAUCAUAUAUUUAUUCUAUCCGGCACCCUAGUAUCCCAUUACACAAUCCUUACAGUAUUUUUUUCUGGGCCACACUAAUUGGCCCUGACAUCCAAAUACAGAUCCAAGUUACCUUUGGAUUCCCAAUAGGUGAAAUUCACGGGUAAAUUUAUCAAUUAUGCAGUGAUUUCAC